CACAUCCUAAUCUCUCCAUCCCGAUCCUAUAAAUCCACCCAUUUCACCCCACUAUUCCUCCAAAUCGCCACCACCGCUAUAACCAAUACGAUAUGGCUGGUAUCAGACGAGUGAGGCCUAACGAGACUAAUAAGGUGCAGGAGCCGCAUUUUCGGGGAGUGAGGAAGAGGCCGUGGGGACGUUACGCAGCGGAGAUUCGUGAUCCGGCCAAGAAGAGUCGUGUUUGGCUUGGAACAUUUAAUACGGCUGAGGAAGCCGCGAGAGCCUACGAUAAGGCGGCUCGAGAGUUUCGCGGUUACAGGGCUAGAACCAAUUUUCCUUCGCUUGUUCAAGUUUCCGGUGACGGUUAUCGUAGUCCGAGUGAUAGCGGCACAAUGGAGACACCCGAGUCGGUUCCACCGGCGGGUGCCCGUGCUCAGCCGGCGUGGCAUUUAGAUGCUAUUCGUGCUCAGCCGGAAUGGAUGACCCAGAGCAGUUCGGGGUUGAAAGGAAGGGCGACGGGUGGGGCCCAAAGUGAGUCCUCUGAUUCUUCAUCUGUGGUUGAUGGACAGCCGAGGAGGAUUUUAAAUCUUGAUCUGAACUAUCCUCCACCGGAAGAGUUUUAAUCUUGUAAAAAUUAUAGAGUGCUCCAUUUUUCGGAGAAUUUUUUGUUUUCUGUUAUGUUCUCUUUACACAGAGCAAUGAAUCAAAAAUUUGCUAAGUUCAACUGA